AUGGACAACUCCACCUAUAAUGACUGCAAUCGUGCCUUCCUACAGGCCUUCAUGGCCCGCUCGUCAAUGACCUUCGAUGAAGCGCAGCCAGUACUGGCUGCCAUUAUUUCAGCGCAUGAAGGGCGCACUGUCGACGCCGAAGAUGUCACCCAAGAACUCUUCUCUUCCUACAUCUCCUCCGCCAACACCGCCAUCUCUCCCUUCAACUUCGAAAUCAGAAGCUCGCUGCGCCAAAUUGCAAAAGAUCCUAAUCAUGAUACAACCGAAGACCCACCCGAGCGAGUGUACGCUCUCGUAAAUGUCCACGUCGAUGCGUUGACCCAACUUGCAACCACCUAUUCCCCCGACGAGAUCGCCUUCGUCAAACGCGUUCUUGAUUUCAUGUUUGUCACGAAUAAUACAAGGAUCAUUGAAGGAAUGGUGAUCACGCCGAUCCAAGCUACCCAUUUAGCCAAGGUUUCCUCUGCAGACACCAACCUGCGCCGGUCGACAAACGCCGAAUCACAACAGAAUCAAGGCGGAGCAGCACAAUCCUUGACAAUGACACAAGCCGAGACAAUGAUGCAGAACCUUCUUGUAGAAGGCUGGUUGGAGAAAAGCCAGAAGAACUAUUUCAGCUUGACACCCCGUGCACUUAUGGAACUGCGAAGCUGGCUGAGCGAUACAUACAACUAUGUCAAAGAGAAUGGGCGGAAAGUGGAGCAUAUUAAGUUUUGUGCUGCUUGCAGGGAAAUUAUUACAGUGGUAAGGAUCGCUUGCCUGGAGGAUACUGAGAAACAAGCUGACUUCGAUUUACAGGGCCAACGGUGUGUUGACCGUGAUUGCCUAGGUCGACUUCACGACCAUUGCAUGCACAACUUCUUCCGAGUACAACAGGCUGAGAAAUGCCCCGUGUGCAAAGAGGAUUGGCCCGGAGAUAAGUUUGUGGGCGAGAGAGCUGUUACCUCGGCGAGUCGGAGACAGUCUAACAAUGUUCCACGGACUAGCCAGUUGCAUUCAAGUGCACCAAAUGGCCGUAUGGAGACUUCUGAUGAGGAAAGCGAGGAGGAUGAGGGAUGA